UAUUUCUCAUUUCUCACAAGUGGAUUGACGCACACAAUAAUCAGAAACCCAUCCGCCAUUUCCAGCACACACAUCCUUACCAAAAGAAAAUGGAAAACAAAAAGAUACUGGUAACCGGUGCAUCAGGUUACUUAGGUGGUAGACUCUGCCACGCCUUACUCAGCCACGGCUACUCUGUCCGAGCUUUCGUCCGCCGUACCAGCAAUCUCUCGUCUCUCCCCGCAGCAUCUUCUUCCUCGUCAAACUCCCACUUCGAACUCGCCUUCGGCGACAUUACUGACUUCUCCUCCCUUCUCGCCGCCGUAACCGGUUGCGAUAUUAUCAUCCACUCCGCCGCCCUCGUUGAUCCUUGGCUUCCUGACCCUUCUUGCAUCUUCACUGUUAAUGUUGGUGGGUUGAAGAAUGUGAUUCAAGCUUCUAAAGAAUGUAAUUCGAUUCAGCAGAUCAUCUACACGUCGUCGUUUUUUACUCUUGGACCUACUGAUGGCGGCGUCAUUGCUGACGAGAAUCAGGUACACCAUGAGAUGUUCUUUUGCACAGAAUAUGAGAGAUCGAAGGUAAUGGCGGAUAAGAUAGCAUUACAAGCUGCAUCAGAUGGGGUUCAGGUUGUGGUGGUCUGUCCAGGCGUUAUCUAUGGUCCUGGCAAGCUUACUAAUGGAAAUAUUGUUGCUAAAAUGCUAAUUGAGCGCUUUAAUGGGCGGUUACCUGGUUACAUUGGAGAUGGAAAUGACAAAUUUUCUUUUACUCAUGUUGAUGAUGUUGUCGAGGGACACAUAGCGGCUAUGGAGAAAGGUCGUCCUGGUGAACGAUAUUUACUUACAGGAGAGAAUGCAUCAUUCAAGUAUGUUUUUGAUGCUGCAGCUAUCCUUACCAACACUAGUAAGCCCCGUUUGACUCUUCCGAUGUGGACAAUAGAGGCUUAUGGAUGGAUUUCUGUUCUUUUUGCACGGAUUACUGGAAAGUUGCCUCUAAUCAGUCCCCCGACUGUAGCUGUGUUGCGACAUCAAUGGGCGUAUUCAUGUGAGAAAGCAAAGAAAGAGCUAUCUUACGACCAAAGAAGCUUGAAGGAUGGCUUAGAAGAGAUGCUUCCUUGGUUGAAGAAUUCGGGCUGUAUAAAAUACUAAAUUUCUCGGCAUCGUGGUUUUUUUAUGCGAUGCUGGUUGUAAGAUUCAGUUGUAAACAAAUGCCUAACGAUGUUGCUUAACUAUCUUCACUGUACAUCAGACUUGAGCCCAGAUGUUCUCCUUGUAGACCUGAGGAGGUAUCAAUCUAAUCAUCCAAUUUCAAUUGUUCGA